CUGGUGCAAAAUAGAAAUCCAACCUUUCGCGCAGCACUAGAAGCAAGCUUUGCUAUAAAGGGGGACCGGCAUAAAGAAGUUAUAGGCAAUCCAAGAAGGGAAUCAGAGUCUGUGGAACGCAGUUGGGUGGAAUCUUCAGUCUUCAGGAUUGAGGGCAGAGGGCAGGGUGCCCGUGUAAGCCCCAAAAAGAUAAAUGAGGGGAGAAUGAAUGAAAGGUUUCUGAGCUAUGGAACGAAACGUGGCUUACAAUUCUCCAUACAUUUCCCGCAUACAUCUUUGUGUCGUCAGGUUGCUGGUUUCGCAAUCGGUGGACUAAGCGGUGGUGAAGCGAAAGACGAUUUCUGGCGUAUGGUUCACUUGUCCACUAGUGCUCUGCCAACGGAUCGACCCCGCUAUCUGAUGGGUGUUGGAUUUCCGGUCGAUCUGGUUGUCUGCGUCGCUUUGGGUUGUGACAUGUUUGAUUGUGUUUAUCCGACAAGGACCGGACGGUUCGGUCACGCUUUAGUCCCCUGGGGUCAGCUAAACCUACGUCAAGCCCGAUAUAAAUCCGAUUUCCGUCCGAUAGACGAGGACUGUUCCUGCCCGGCCUGCACACGACCCCUGUCACGUGCGUUCAUUCAUGCGUCCUUGUCUGGACACCAGGUUUGCGCAUCCGCCCUCAUCAGCGUACAUAACCUCGCUUACAUGCUCGGUUUGAUGCGAAGUGUUCGCGAGGCGAUUUCGGCUCACAAAUUCCCACAAUUCGUGCGUGCUGGUGGUGAUCCGGACCAGUCUCGUAUCGAAUAUGAGGAUACACGUCCUCCGUCGUGGGCUGUGGACGCAUUGGCCAGAGUAGGGAUUGAUAUUUCAGAUUUGGGUUAUCCGGAUGAUCGGGAGUCCACUCCAUCCAACAGAACAGAAGAAGAAAUGAAAUUGAAGCGUUCGAAAGUCGACUAA